AUGAGCCAGAUCACAUAUGCACCAAGAGACUCUCGAUCACGGCCGUGCUGUCCCAGUCUUCCCAGAAUAGUUGUUCGCACAGCCAUCAUUGAAGGUCAGUCCAUCCGUGCAUACAAACAGUUGAAGACCAGAUUUGGAAACUGUUUUGCAGCCAGAAAAGGUCAUAAUUCCCAGUCUGGCUUGCGUGAAAUUUAUCCAACCCAGACUGGUUUGGCUCAGCAGAAACACAAUCCCACCUCUUCACUAAGUGCUCGGGAAGAUCAAAUUGUCAGCCCUCAACGGUGUAGGCGCCAUGUUGAGAGGGUCGACCGUGAUCUGUGCGGGCGCCGUACUGUGAAGGUGGAGCCGGGCCGGCGUGGGCGCCAUGUUGUGAAGGUGGUGCCGGACCGGGUUGGGCGCCAUGUUGUGAAGGUCGAGCGGAGCGGGGUGGUUGCCAUGUUGGGAGCCGGGGGUCGGUUGCUGUGGUUCCGGGGCGCUGGGUUGUUGCGGCGCCAGUACCGCAGUGUUUACAGCCUGGAGGUGCUCUACCCGAACAGCAGAGCGGAUUAUAAGGGACAGGAGGGAGCACAUCAGACUACCUCCAACAAAGAUAUACCUGUCGACCGACUCUCAGUGACUUACUCUCGGAGCAGUGGCCCUGGAGGGCAGAAUGUCAACAAGGUGAACACCAAGGCAGAAGUGAGGUUCCAUGUGGCGACAGCUGACUGGCUCCCUGAGGAUGUGCGGAGUGUAAUCACUGCCAAGCACCGGAACAGAAUUAAUCGGGCCGGGCAGCUGAUUGUCACUUCGGAAAUCAGCAGGUACCAGAUGAAAAACCUUGCUGAUUGUCUGCAGAAGAUUCGGGACAUAGUGGCAUCAGCAAGUCAGAAACCCAAGCAGCCGUCCAAAGAGGAUGCUGAGAUUCGGAGAAUGAGGGUGGAGAAUAUGCAACGAGAACGGCUACGGCAGAAGAAGAUCCAAUCUACCAUCAAACGAGACCGACAAGUGGGAUUUGACUGAACAGUUAGUCAUUGAACAACAAUGUAUGUGAACCUAGUGGAAGGAGGGUCAGCUCAUUCACUAUCUCUAUCAUUUUGUACAAAACACAAAUUAAUAAAAUUUCUGCAAGUCA